UGAAUGGCAGUUUGCACCGAGGUGAAUGGCAGUUUGCACCGAGGUGAAUGACUCGCUUCACCGAGGUGUCUUCAGAAGUUCCCUGAGGCGUUCGAAGUUCGGCUCGGUGCUAUGGGAUGAAAUCCGACCCCAACAGUUAGCCCCCCAGCUCGUUGGUUCGAAGAGCAACCAAUGAGCUUCACGACUGUUAGUCCGAGCCGUUUUAAACUUUGUUCCGAGCCCAUCCUUGUAUGCCGCGAAAUUUUCAAUGUUUCAAAAAUGGUUAGUGUCCCUUCGGUGAUUCUGAUUCUUGACGAUUCGAACCUCUUUGACGCUUCAUCUUCUUCUAGCGCGUGUGACGGUUGAGAUUCUACCUCGAGAAGUGGAAGAGUCCUCUGCUGAUUCCCGAGACCCGUGCGGAUGCGAAGUAUCUUAAUGUUGGUCACGCGCACCCGACGCGCCCGAGACUUGGGCGGAUGCGAAAUAUUAUUAAACUCGUGUGUACCCGACGCGCCGAAGUGUUCUAUAAAUAUCCGACUCCUGCUUCAUUUUCACAUUUCGCAAUCUGCAAGGAAAAUUUCUAAGGUUCGCUUCUUUUCUCUCUGAUCUUGAUCUCUUUAAUCUUCUCUGCUUUGCUUUAUUUUCCGUCGUUCCUCCGCCGUGCCAGAUCUUAGAUUUGGUUUUUCAGAUUUCAAAUCUUGUUUUUCUGGUUCUUUUUGAUUCACCCGAGCCGAAGAUGUCACUCUCUGAUUCAAGUGAUUCGUCCCGAGGCAGAAACAUUCCUGUUCAUGAAAGGAAGAUGGUUUGGAGCAGUCCCUUGGAAGGAACCGAGGCUAGUUUUUCAGAUUGCUCCGAGCGGAACGACGAUAGUGAAGCAAAAUCGUCAUCCGUGGACCAAGAUCCGAGCCAAUUUGUGGCUCGGGAGGAUACAGUUGCGAAUGUGGUUCGGGAUGAGGAUCUUCCUGAUGACCCCGAGGCAGCUUUAAAUACGGGGAGAACGCGUCCUCCGUCUAAGGACGAAGCUGGGGGUUCUCGUUGGCAAAAAGCGCCCGAGCCGUCUUUGCUCCCUGUAAAGGCCGAGGCGGUUCACUAUGAUUCCGACGCGGAGGCGAGAAUGCUUCAGGCCAGGAUGCAAGCGGCUAAGGCUCUACAGCAGAAGACGAAGCGAGCCAGAAAAGUAAAAAGGCCCGACCCUCCUGGUUCUACGCUAUCCACCGAGGACUCCCUCAGAGAAUUGAGAGUUCGGUUCGGUUUCAGUGAAUGAGUCACGAUGAGGCUUCCGACCCCGAGUGAACGAGCCGAUAAUCCUCCCGAGGGGUUCUUCACGUUGUACGAGGGGUUUUUCAGUUUUUGUUUCCUGUGGUUCCCUCUCCCGAGGCUGAUCGUUGAGUAUUUGUGGUCGUAUAAGAUUGCGUUGGCUCAGAUCUCAACUCGUGGACUGCGGCAUCUUAUUGGGAUCUUAGUAAGGAGUUUUGAGGCGGAUAAAAUUUUGUCCCUCGGGCAUUUAAGGAAUUUCCUGGAGGUUCGUCGUAGCCCAGGUCCUCUGGAAAGAUACUACAUCUCGUCGAGCAAAAAGAAAAAGAUCAUUGGCGGGUUCCCGAGCAAGGAUGAGAAGUACACUGAUCAUUUCUUCUUCGUCGCGAUUGACGAGGACUCCGUCCCCGAGGGAUGCCUUGAUAAAAUUGUUGCGAAAUGGGGCAAAAUCGGUAGUUUACCCGAAGCGUUUAAGUUUUCUUUCUGUCGUGAUUUGAUCUAUUUAUUCUAACCAGUUUUGUUUUCAUUUUCAGAUCGUAACCCGGCGUUCCUCGAGCUUAUCCCCGAAGAUCUUUUAGAAACUCACGAGGAGUUGGCUUCCCGGAAGUGUAACUGGACCAAGCAUUUUACGCUCAAAAGAGUUGAGAAAGCGCUGAGAUUACUCCGAGGCGUGUCCUGUUCAUCAUCAUCAUCCUCCUCGGAUCACCGAUUAAGCGGCUACAUGGAGAUGCAGAAGGCGAAGAUGACGCUAAGGGAGAAAAAGGCUGCUGAGGAGGAAGCGGCCGAGCAGAAAAGAGCUCUCGAGGCGGUUUUCAAACCUUUGACCGAGGGGUCUAGAAGGCCCGAGGCGUCCGAUCUACCCGAGGCGUCUGGCAGGCCCGAAGUGGUUAAGGGCCCCGAAGGAUCCGGGGUUGAUCUAGCUGUUACUUCGGUUCCUCCCGAAGCGGUCGACGAUGUCCCAGCUGGGGACGGUGGAGUUCGAGCUCCCGAGGUCGAACACACCGAAGUUGUGGUCGGCUUGGCUGCUGGUAGACAGGCCAAGUCUAAGGGAAAACGUCCUCGGGGCGACCACUCUACCGAUAGGAGGAAGAAGUCGAAGAGCGAUCACAGCAGCUCUCGACCGAUUUACAAGGACAAGGUGGCUUCGGCCAACCUUGUUGCUUCGUGUGCAUGGCCGUUGUUGACGACCCCUGAGACUCUGGCCGAGGCGGAAAGAUACGCCGAGACUUUGGCCAACUUUCUGAAGGCCUUCUCCUCAAUGAACACGCUGGUUCGUUCUUACGAAUCCGCGAACCGCCAGCGCGAAGCUGCCAGCGAGCAGUUUGAGAUGGCCCGAGCGGAAUCGGAGAGGAGAGUAACCGAGACGACCGCAGCAAGGGAGAGGGCCGAGGCCUUGGUUGCGGCUGAGCAAGAAGCGAGGCGGAAGGAUGCCGAGGAGAACACUCGAAUUCGGCAGAAAGCCGAAGCGGAGAUUGAGCGCCUCAACCGCCUAUUUACCGAGGAGAAGUCCCUUCGGGAGGCUGAGGUUGCUCGAGCCAAGAAGGCUGCCAAAAGGGAGGUUACCGAAGAAUUCGCCAAGCAGAUCAAGACGAUCGAGGCGAAGCUGGAACAGUUCGACCAGGUCGCUGAUCGAUACAUGUACUUCUCCCAGGCUAAGGCUAACGCCGAGCUGAUUGCCGAGCUCGAGGCGGGCAAGUCGAUCGAGGACGAGAAGAAAGAGGUAGAGGCAUGGAAAGAAGAGUUCGGGGACGCCGAAGCGGAGUAUUCUCAGCUCGCGGUCGAGCUGCUCGAAACUUUGAAGAUUCCUCCGGUGUCACCCGACUCUGCUCACGAUAGCCUUGGGAAUAGGUCGGUGGAGGGCGAGGCGGUCGAAGUUGGAGUUAUAGAUCAAGCAGGGACGAACCUGUGCUCCGAGGCUGCGCUUGUUCCAGACGAGGAGCAGGAUAAGUGAUCCCGAGGCGCCCCUUCUUUUAUGUUCUGGAUUUGUUUUGAUUCUUCUCCUUUUUGUAAGACUUGUGCCUGGACGGCUUUAUCCCUUUUGAAUGCAUGUUUCCUUAAAUACUUGAAUUGUUUCGUUCAUCUUGAGUUGCUCCCGAAGUGACUUCGUAAACAUGACUUGUUCAUCGAGGAGUUAGUCUUUUCCGAGUCGUUUUAA